AUGCUGCUCUAUUACUUGGCGGCCAUCUUCAAAGGUCUCCAUCCACGAGUUGAUGAUGAUUUUGUUGAUAAGCUCAAUUACCACUAUACCUCUGCCAUUAUUUUUGCAUUCGCAAUUAUCGUUUCUGCAAAACAAUACGUUGGAUAUCCAAUCCAAUGCUGGGUGCCAGCACAAUUUACGGAUGCAUGGGAACAGUAUACAGAAAACUAUUGUUGGGUGGAAAAUACAUACUAUUUGCCUUUAACAAGUGCUUUUCCGCUGGAGUAUGGCGAUAGGAGGGCUCGUCAAAUUAGCUACUAUCAAUGGGUACCAUUCGUACUCGCUCUUGAGGCUUUAAUGUUCUACAUUCCAUGCAUUAUGUGGAGAGGUUUAUUACACUGGCACUCAGGGAUUAAUGUUCAAAGCCUAACACAAAUGGCUUGUGAUGCAAGAAUGAUGGAUGCAGAUGCUAGAGCAGCAACAGUGCAAACUAUUGCUGGACAUAUGGAAGAUGCCCUGGAAAUACAAAGGGAGGUAACAGAUGUAUCCGGGAUGUGCGUUAGUAAGAGAUGGAGUUCAUAUGUGACUUGUUUGUACGUAUUUAUCAAAAUGUUAUAUUUGAUCAAUGUUAUUGGGCAGAUAUUUUUAUUAAAUACUUUCCUCGGUACUGACAAUAUCUUUUAUGGUUUCCAUAUACUCAAGGAUCUGCUCAGAGGUCGUGAAUGGGAAGUGAGCGGUAAUUUUCCCCGCGUCACUAUGUGUGAUUUUGAGGUACGUGUUCUCGGUAAUGUUCAUCAUCAUACUGUACAAUGUGUACUGAUGAUAAAUAUGUUCAAUGAAAAAAUAUUUUUAUUUCUGUGGUUUUGGUAUUUCAUGGUAUCGAUAGUAAGUAUGUUUUCCAUGGGUCACUGGAUGCUCAUGUCAUUUCUCCCAGGCCAACAUAUGAAAUUUAUUCGGAAAUAUUUAAAAGCGACAGAUCUGGCAACGGAUCGGCAGUCUGUUAAAAAGUUUGUGCACAAAUUUCUUGGAUAUGAUGGUGUAUUUUGCAUGAGGAUGAUAAGUGCACAUGCUGGCGAUAUUAUGGCCACUGAACUGAUCGUCGCUUUAUGGCAUAAUUUCAAUGACAGGGUGCGAAAGAGUCCCAUUGAAAUGUUUGAAGGUGGUGUCACACAAAGUCCCAGCAAACUGGACGCAAACUUUAAAACAUGGCUAUUAGGACAAACCAGGAAUAAACCACCUUUCGAUGGUUCAAAUCCAGCGCGAAGCAAGAAACGCCGGAAAUCGGAUGGUUAUUUCACUUUCGUUUGA